UGAAAACUCAUAUUGCUUUUUCUACUGUGUUUGUAGGAAGCUGGGUCAGAACUUUUGAGGAGAUUAUCUGCACUCGAAGGACUCUGCAGAUUUCCUUUUCACCAUCAACCAGGGUUUCCCAGGCUAGCUCUGAACUCAAAGAGAUCCAGCUACCUCUGCCAACAAGUGGUGAGAUUAAAGAUCUCUGGAAAUAGACCUAUCUCUGCAAUCAAUAGUAAUCCCUUCAUAGUUCAUGAUGUUUCCUUUGGCCAGAUAUGCACUAAACCAUCUCAAGAUUCGAAGCACCCUGAAAGUUUUGGGAAGACAGACCCACACAAAGCCCUCAAUGGACUUUCAUGAUAAAUAUGGCAAUGUGGUGCUAAUUAGUGGAUCCACUUUCUGUUUUGUUGGAUAUGUGUUUUAUAUGACACAAAUGGGAAUAGAAUGGAACCUAUCUCCUGUUGGCAGAGUUACCCCAAAAGAGUGGAAUGAAUCUUAGUAGCUAUCCCAGAUACAAUAAUAGAGAAUUGUCUCAAAACAAAUAUGUCAUGGAAAUGCUCUUCUGUUCAUUAAAAUAUAGUAUAACAUAAAUAAAAUUGAUUUAAAAGUACUAACAA